AAUGAUGCCUUGAAGCGCAUUCGAUUGGAUACCAGUGUUGCAGUAAGAUAUCCAAGAGUUGUGUGACGUCACAAUCGUUAGAGCGAGAGAAAGAGAGUGUCAAGAUUAUUGUGACGUCGCAGAAUCAAGAGUGUGCGUGCGAGAAAGAUAGAGAGAGGGAGAGGAUGAUGCAUCCGGUGUUGAAAGAGGCGCUGUUUGCCAACUGGGACACCAUCACAUCCAACCUCCCCUUCGACCUCAUCCUCACCAAGUUCAACUGGGCUUUCUCGACUGACGAGUACGAGUCGAUCAUUCUCGAGUCGGGUGAGACGCGAAGACGUGAACAGCUUCUGCUGGUCUUAUCGCAGAAAGGAGACGUGCUGUUCUACGAGCUGAUCAAGUACUUCCAGUUCAAUGAGUCCCAACUGGCUCUGUCUGCUUCUUGGUCGUCUGCCAGUGGAGAUGUAGACAGUAGUAGACAAGAGGCUGUCGUGGGUCAACAACAACAACAGAACAGUGGACAGCAGUCGGAGAUUGUGAGAACCUUGGUCGGGUACAUUGAGUGUGCUUACGAAAUACAAACACUAAAAAACGUGAGAUGGCACGGACUCUCCGCCCCCAAUGUACGCUACGUGCGACACAUCCCCGAAUCCCAAGACCUGUCUCUCUUCACCCCCUCAAUCAUUUCUAUUAUCCAACUCACCCCCUCAGUCAAAGAACAGUCAAUAGAUAAUUUGUCCCAAUGGAGUGAAAGUAUAUGUUGGGCUCUUAUGAAACAAAAUGAACCUCCAGGAUUAUGUGUAGUAUUUCAUGAAAUACUGACUGCAAAUGACGACUACUGCGCAGUAAUACACGACUUGUUUUUAUUCCUAACUAGAAAAUGCAAAGAUUUUGUCUCAAGUGUCGAUUUGCAUCACGUCUCAGCGUCUUCCCCUGUUGCGAUUUUGUCACGGAUUAAAAGUUUGACCUCUAAAUUGAAAAUCAUAACUUUGCUGGGGUCACUGAAGUGCAAUGACCGAUUAGUAAAACUUUUACAUUCUCUGAAGUACGCAGGACUAACGGUUGUUCUGUACAACUUGGAUGUUGACCUGGAAAUGACGGAAGAUCUGGAAAAUGCUGGAUUAAAAAUACGAUCUGUGAAAAUUGAAGAAAUUACAACUUCUGUGACAGAAGGUAGUCAAACUGAUGUUUUGAACAAGAACGAAGUGUUCGGAGCUGUUAAUUGUGUCGAACCAAAAUGUGGAAGUAACUGUGGUCGAAUAUUUGACGAUUUGCCGGCAAAGGUGCAAGUGUUUCUGAAACAGUGUGCCAUUCUGAAAAACCGAAUCGUCUAUGUGAAAGUCAUAAAAUGUCUAUGGAAGUUUGUCUUCGAUUCGAACGUUCAAGACGUGGCAAGUGUGAACAAAAUGCAUGACACGAUUAACAUGUUGAUCGAACAAGGAGUUUUCAGGCAUUUUCUGGGAAGUUAUUUCUUCUCUCCAUCUAUGAAAGCGUUUCUGCUGAAGAAAAUCCAGCAAAAUGGAAGUGAAGUUAAAGUUCUGAAUCAGAAUUUGUUACAGGCAUAUUUGGAGAGAUAUAAAACGUGGUCUAGUGUACCGGCUGGCGAUAUUUACUUCCAGCAGUAUUAUUUGCGACAUUUACUGAAAGCAGCGUUUCUGCUGAAGAAAAUCCAGCAAAAUGGAAGUGAAGUUAAAGUUCUGAAUCAGAAUUUGUUACAGGCAUAUUUGGAGAGAUAUAAAACGUGGUCUAGUGUACCGGCUGGCGAUAUUUACUUCCAGCAGUAUUAUUUGCGACAUUUACUGAAAGCAGCGUUUCUGCUGAAGAAAAUCCAGCAAAAUGGAAGUGAAGUUAAAGUUCUGAAUCAGAAUUUGUUACAGGCAUAUUUGGAGAGAUAUAAAACGUGGUCUAGUGUACCGGCUGGCGAUAUUUACUUCCAGCAGUUUUAUUUGCGACAUUUACUGAAAGCAGCGUUUCUGCUGAAGAAAAUCCAGCAAAAUGGAAGUGAAGUUAAAGUUCUGAAUCAGAAUUUGUUACAGGCAUAUUUGGAGAGAUAUAAAACGUGGUCUAGUGUACCGGCUGGCGAUAUUUACUUCCAGCAGUUUUAUUUGCGACAUUUACUGAAAGCAGCGUUUCUGCUGAAGAAAAUCCAGCAAAAUGGAAGUGAAGUUAAAGUUCUGAAUCAGAAUUUGUUACAGGCAUAUUUGGAGAGAUAUAAAACGUGGUCUAGUGUACCGGCUGGCGAUAUUUACUUCCAGCAGUUUUAUUUGCGACAUUUACUGAAAGCAGGCAUAUUUGGAGAGAUAUAA